AUGAUUUCACUUUGUGUGCUCUUCUUAGCCUUCGCGAGUUAUGCCAAAUGUGACAUCCCCGUUCACUGCUUGAGUAGACAUGUGGAGGGGAAGUGGGAAAUCAGCCUGGGCCUCCUCAAGGGUGAAAGGGGGGAUGCUUCUGAUGGGGGACAGGACUACGACUACGAGUGUGGCUACCGCCGCCCGGAUGAUUCCAUUUACCAUGAGAAACUGGACCCUGAUCACUUGAAGAACCGUUUUGAGGAGAAAAAAAAACAAAUCAUCCUAUUCAACACAGAUAGGACCAUACAGAUAAUCGAAAAUGGGAAUGUAAAUCCUCAGUACAGUGGCUUCUGGAGGAUCGUGUACGACGAGGGGCUCUACAUGGAGGUGUAUAAGCAGAAGGAGGAGAAAGAAAUCUACUUCUCCUUUUUCAAAUUUGAGAGAAGGAACGACGCGUCUUACAGUUACUGCAACAGGUUGAUCAUGGGGGUGGUGAAUGUGUAUCAGUUGAGUGGCAGUGGAGGGGGUUCUUCUUCGGGGCGUCCCCGGGUAGACGGUCUGCAAGAUAUAAGUGAAGGAAGAGAGAAGGGGCCCCAAAUGUGGGACUCUUUUCUCCACAACAUGGGCCAUAAAAGCACAAAUGGGGUACCCCCCAACAGGAGUAGCCUUUCCAAAGAGAGCUUCCCUUCUGAGGGCUCAAAAGGUGUGCGGAAAAGCCCAACCCAUUCAAUCGACUAUUACAACGAUAAUUACACUCAGUUUGACCUCUUCACCGUGAAGAGGUUUUGCUGGUAUGGGAAGAAGGUGGGCACGCCUGAUGAGCCUACCAACAAGAUCCCCGUGGAGAUCAUUUCCCCCCUUGUGCUCGACCCAGACACGCACAAUAAGAAUUACGCCAAUGUGAAGUUGGAGUGGGGUGGUGGAACUGCGGAGGGAACACAGCGAGGGGGUCACUUAGAGGUACAUACGAAUCAAACUGCCACCCAGUGGAGGGCCCCCCCAACCCACACGAGCAAAUCUCACAAAGGGGUGAAGCCAAACAGCAUAUUUAACACCUAUCGUGAGAAGGAAGUCCCCUUGGCACAGUUCGACUGGACGAACGAAGCUGACGUGAGGAAGAGACUUAAUGGGAAAUGGGUAAAAGUGAUCGACGAAGCGAUCGACCAGAAGGAAUGCGGCUCAUGUUACGCAAACUCAGCUGCGUUGAUUAUUAACAGUAGGGUGAGGAUUAAAUAUAAUUAUAUAAAAAAUAUUGACCGCAUAUCUUUCAGCAAUAAACAGCUGGUCCUUUGCGACUUCUUCAAUCAGGGGUGUAAUGGCGGGUAUAUUUUUUUGUCCCUAAAGUAUGCCUAUGAGAACUUCCUCUUUACAAACAAGUGCUUCGUGAGGUACUUCAAUUUAUAUUUGAAUAGGGAUAAGAAGAACAGCGCGCUGUGUGACCGGUUCGAUACGUUUAAGACGUUUCUGCAGAAGGGCAGGGGCGGGGACGCCUCAAGUGGGCCGAUGGGCCCAGCGCGCAUACAAAUAAAGCAGGUGCGGCAGCACGGGCAUUUCGGGGGGGGUGAGGAAAAGGUUACAGGGGAAGAACUGGUCAGAGAGGAAGACCUGGAUGGGGGCGAAAUUGGAAAAUCCUCCACCCAUGAUGAACAGCCCAAAGGGGGAAUCUCCCACAACGGGGAAAAUAAACUCACCGGGCGGCAUGUGCGCGAUGUGCGGGGUGGGCGAGACCUCCCCGGGGAGGACCAGCUAAACGAGGGCUACCUGCCAGUGGAUCCCGCCGCCAAGGACGCCAGCGAGGUGGACGUGCUCAAACUGCACGAGUGCGACGCGAAAGUCAAGGUGACCAAGUUUGAGUACCUAGAUAUAGAGGACGAAGAGGAUUUAAAGAAGUACCUAUAUUAUAAUGGCCCCGUGGCAGCAGCAAUUGAGCCCUCCAAAAACUUCUCGGCGUAUAGGGAAGGCAUACUGACAGGGAAGUUCAUAAAAAUGUCCGAUGGGGGGGAGUCCAAUGCGUACGUAUGGAACAAGGUCGACCACGCUGUAGUUAUAGUUGGGUGGGGAGAAGACACGGUUGAAAAUUUGAAAAAAAAAAAAAAAAAAAUUCACCAUUAUUCGGGUCAUCUGGAUGCUUAUGCUGGUGGAAAGGGGGGCGAGGCCGCAGGGAAGGUCGUCAAGUACUGGAAGAUUUUGAACAGCUGGGGGACGCACUGGGGGUACGACGGGUACUUCUACAUCCUGCGCGAUGAGAACUACUUCAGCAUUAAGUCGUACCUGCUCGCGUGCGACGUGAGUUUGUUCCUCAGGUGAAGUGGUGGUAAAGCGGUGGUGAGUGGUACUCCCUUUUGGGGGAAAGGGCGAACGCUCACUCGCUUGGCGCUUGCGCGGGGGGCCCUUCGCCAAACGUUACGCGCGUAGCUGCGCGAGGAAUUAAAGAAAUUUGGUCGAUCGGGUUUGCGCCUGUACGGUUGCACCAGUACAUCGGUACAUCGGUACACCGCUACACUGUGUGCACCUUUUUUUGAUAGUCCACUUGGAAACUGUUAAAGCCCUGGGGAGGGGGGCCCGGUCUGGUAUUUCCCCCCCGUAACUGC